CUUGGUUUCUUGGGCAGGGGGAAAACUUACUGCUAUAUAAACGGCGGUACCUCUCAUCUGUUGGCAGCUAGUAGACGGGUGAUGUGACUACCUUCUUCUCUUCUGUUGGCGUCUAGUAGACGGGUGACGUGACUGCCUUCUUCUUCUCUGAAUGGCACAAGAAACGGAAUCCGUCGAUGCAUCUGCAACAGCAGCUGCGGAUUCGGCUGAUGUAGCUGCCAACUCGCGCGAUUUCGCUCGCAUCGUAUUCUCUCCACAGGGGAAUACUGGCGGUUCCAUUGGUCUUGUCCUCCCUCCUGGAGUUGGCAUUCUUGUCACUCCCGGAGGCCCUCUGUCUGGAUCUGAAGUCCCUCCGUCUGGAUCUGAAGUCCCUCCAGUCCCUCCGUCUGGAUCUGAAGUCCCUCCGUCUGGAUCUGAAGUCCCUCCAGUCCCUCCGUCUGGACCUGAAGUCCCUCCGUCUGGAUCUGGAUCUGAAGUCCCUCCAGUCCCUCCGUCUGGAUCUGAAGUACCUCAGUCUGGAUCUGGAUCUGAAGUCCCUCCAGUCCCUCCAGUCCCUCCGUCUGGAUCUGAAGUACCUCAGUCUGGAUCUGGAUCUGAAGUCCCUCCAGUCCCUCCGUCUGGACCUGAAUCUGAAGUCCCUCCAGUCCCUCCGUCUGGACCUGGAUCUGAAGUCCCUCCAGUCCCUCCGUCUGGACCUGAAGUCCCUCCGUCUGGAUCUGGAUCUGAAGUCCCUCCAGUCCCUCCGUCUGGACCUGAAUCUGAAGUCCCUCCAGUCCGAUCUGAGGUACCUCCUCCUGCCACUGAAGUCCCUCCUUCUGGAUCUGACCCCCCGGGCCUCAGGGACCCCCCGGGCCUGAGGGGCCCCGGGGGCCCCCCGGGCCUGAGGGCCCCCCCGGGCCUCAGGGCCCCCCCGGGCCUCAGGGGCCCCGGGGGCCCCCUGGUCCUCAGGGCCCCCCCGGGCCUGAAGGGCCAGUCGGCCCAAUAGGGCCUGCUGGCGUUAUGGGGCCCUCUGGCCCUGAUGGCCCUAUUGGGCCUUUGGGCCCUGAUGGCCCAUCUGGCGGAAUGGGUCCAGCUGGUCCCAAUGGUCCCAUGGGUCCUGUAGGCCCUGUUGGGUCCACUGGCUGUGUAGGUGAAACUGGCCCAGCAGGGCCCAUUGGGCCUGCUGGGCCUAGGGGCCGUGCUGGACGGGCUGGCCCUGCAGGUCCACGUGGCCCUCCAGGCCCACCUGGGCCACGGGGCAUUGCUGGACCUCCUGGUUUCAUGGGACCACAAGGCUGACCUGUAUGACCACAGGUUCUAAAUCUGCUGCACCACGCUGUUGAUCCUGCUAUUUUGAUCUUUGCUACAUUUCUUGAAAAAAUAUUUCUUUAAAAUUUGAUUUGUCUCUUUACUAUCAAAACUGUUACAUCGAUAUUCUGAACCAGAAUGUAAUAAUUAGGGUUUCCGACAUUCUUCAUUACAAUCUAUUCUCUGUUGGUGCUUUUUUUUUUUUUUUGAGUUUAUAUGAAGUAAUGUUGUCACAUUCUCUUAAUUAGUAAACCAAUGCUAUGUGAGGUCUGGGCGUGUUAA